CACAUCUCAGAAAUCAUCCGCAUUCUCCUUCAUAGCUACUUUCCCACUCCAUCACCCUUACCUCAAGUGCUACCGCCAUUGGCUUCACCUCACAAUGGCCGCCAUCCCAAUCGCCAGUCGAUCAAUUGCCACCCCCGUCUUCUCCCUUCGCUCCUUUCUCCCAAUCGCCCGACCAUCCUGGUCAACUCCCUGCGAAGCUUCAUCUAGUUCCGUCCCCUCUAGAGUGUCAUCCAGCCUCACUCUCGCAAACCCCCCUCUGUCCAUGCCUUCUUGGACCUCGCUGUUCCCCUCCUUCUCCCUCGGUUCCCUGCUCGAGCUCAUCCCUCCAAUCGUGUGGGCAAGUGUCCCGAAGAAGAAGACCUCUCACGGAAAGAAGAGCGCGAGAUCUGCCAACAAGGGCUUGAAGAACAGGACGAACAUCUCUCAGUGCCCGGCGUGUGGCUCUGUCAAGUUGACACAUCACGUUUGUCCCACCUGUUAUUCCCAGAUAUCCCGAAAAUGGAAAGAAGAAGCUCGAAAGCAACUUCAGCUAGGGGCUCAGUGAUGCUGGUAUAACAUGUAUCAUGAUAUCAUAAACUCUCUAGCAGGAUCGGAUAGGCUCAGAUGCUCGCUCUAGUCAUGUGCACACCUUAUGAGCCUACAUAUUCGUAGGGUUCGCAGACGCUCGUGUUGAAUUCUGUCCGCGUAUACGGACAUGCCUUGUCUAAACAGAGGUAAUAGUCAACGUUCACUUCAAAUUGAUUCGGGUAUUCUUGAUGCAUAAGUCACUCUGUCG